CCGCAGAGCUGGGGUUUUGCACCUGACUGGACACCUUCCUGCUCAGUGCUCCCCCUCCAUCACUGGGAGCCCUCUCUUUCUGAACAGCCAUGUCCAUGGCAAAGAGUGCCAGGGAUCCCCAGGAAGCUGUUGACCUCAAUCUGGACCUCAGGUCCCCUCCUGAAAGUGCCAAGAAGCUGCCGAACACAGACUCCAGUUUCUUGGAUGGAAGCCCUUCCGAGUCACCCAGCAUGGAGACAACCAAGGGCAUAACAGCAUUCCAGACCUUGGUUCACCUGGUGAAAGGUAACAUAGGCACAGGGGUCCUGGGACUCCCACUGGCUAUGAGGAAUGCAGGCAUCCUGAUGGGCCCACUCGGUUUGCUGGCCAUGGGGCUCAUCUCCUGCCACUGUAUGCACAUCCUGAUCAGGUGUGCCCGGCGCUUCUGCCACAGGUUCAAUAAGCCCUUUAUGGAUUAUGGGGAUACAGUGAUGCAUGGACUAGAAGCCAACCCCAGCGCCUGGCUCCGGAACCACGCACACUGGGGAAGGUAUAUCGUGAGCUUCUUUCUUAUAGUCACCCAGAUGGGCUUCUGCUGCGUGUACAUUGUGUUUCUGGCUGAUAAUUUAAAACAGGUAGUGGAAGCAGUUAAUAGCACAACCAACAACUGCCAUUACGAGACAGUGAUUCUGACGCCCACCAUGGACUCUCGACUCUACAUGCUCACCUUCCUGCCCUUCCUGGUACUGAUAGUUCUCAUCAGGAACCUCAGGGUCCUGACUGUCUUCUCCCUGUUGGCCAACAUCACCAUGCUGAUCAGCUUGAUCAUCAUUGUCCAGUACAUCGUCCAGGAAAUUCCAGACCCCCGCCGGUUGCCACUGGUAGCAAAUUGGAAGACCUACUCUCUCUUCUUUGGAACAGCCAUUUUUUCAUUUGAAAGCAUUGGUGUGGUUCUGCCCUUGGAAAACAAGAUGAAGGAUGCCCGCCGCUUCCCAGUCAUCCUGUCUUUGGGAAUGUCCAUCAUUACUGCCCUCUACGUCAGUGUCGGGACUCUGGGCUACCUGCGGUUUGGAGAUGAUGUCAAGGCCAGCAUAACCCUUAACCUGCCCAACUGCUGGCUGUACCAGUCAGUCAAGAUCCUCUACAUCAUUGGAAUCCUGUGCACCUACGCCCUGCAGUUCUACGUCCCUGCGGAAAUCAUCGUUCCCCUCGCUACCUCCCAUGUGUCGAAGCGCUGGGCACUGCCUCUGGACUUGUUCAUUCGGCUCGCCAUGGUCAGCCUGACAUGCAUCUUGGCUAUCCUCAUCCCCCGCCUGGACCUGGUCCUCUCCUUGGUGGGCUCCCUGAGUGGCAGUGCCCUGGCCCUCAUCAUUCCACCCCUCCUGGAGAUCACCACCUACUACUCAGAGGGCCUGAGCCCCGUCACCAUCGUCAAGGACACCCUGAUCAGCAUCCUGGGCUUCGUGGGCUUUGUGAUGGGGACCUACCAGGCCCUAGAUGAGCUGAUCCAGUCAGGAGACUCUCUCACCUUUUCCAACUCCACUGUUUUCAUUCAGUGAAUAGGGCACUGCUUCUUUCCACCAGCACCUUGAUGUUUAAUGACACAAAUCUCUUUUAUGUACAUUAUCUGUAUUUUGGGGCUUUACCUUUCUCUGGGCUAAGUCACAGUGAAACAAGCACGGACUUACCAAGACAAGGUCUAGGUGGUAAUUUAAAAUUUUUUGUGUGUUUAUUUCUUUUCUUUCCAUCUCUAGCUUUUCCCUACACUUGAGAGCUCUCCCUCUGAAGGCUCUUGAUUCCAUCCAACUUUUUGGCAGUUCACAUGAUGAAUUUACCUUGAGUGGGGCUAUGCAAGAGGAAGCCACCAGGGGGGAUCCAAGAGGCAGCGACUGACGGAAGGAGGGGCAGCCUGCUAAGGCUAUGGUGAUUUGGUAGACGAAGGGUAUCCCCUUUUCCAGUGGACAUAAUCCAUAAACCAGCAAAGUGUGAAUAGCUCCAGCAUCAAAGUGGGUAGGAUCCAGAGGUCCAGUGAGAACUGCAGCUGUCAGACAGAAAGGAGCCAUCAUAUUUAAAUCAAGGGCAAUAAACUUUCUCGACAGCUAGAUAAAGUUUUGGCCCAGUUCAAAGAUCUCAACAAAGCAGUCCUCAUGAAAGUAGAUGUACCAGU